AUGGCGGCUUUCCUGCCGCUCCUGAGUCUGUGCCUCGCCGCCGCCCAGCUGGCGGGAGCCCCAGAGGCUCUGACCAGGAAGAAUGCCCGAGGACCUGAUCUUGCCCUGGGUACGUCUCAGAGGAAGAUGGCCAGGCAUGCCCCUUCCCCAGAAGACAACUUGGAAGAUGGUCUUGCAGAGUGGACAUCCUGGUUCAACGUAGACCACCCUGGGGGGGAUGGGGACUUUGAGAGCCUGGAGGCUAUUCGAUUCUACUAUGGUGAGCGACUGUGUGCCCAUCCCUUGGCCCUGGAGGCCCGGACCACCGAGUGGGAAUUGCCUUCUGAUGUGGGUGAACGGGUGCACUACAGUCUGGAGAGGGGCUUCUGGUGCCUCAACAGGGAGCAGCCCGAAGGCAAGAGUUGUUCCAACUACCACGUCCGAUUCAAGUGCCCGUUGGGUGCUUCGUGGAGUGAGUGGGGGGCAUGGGGGCCAUGCUCCGGGAGCUGCGGGCCAGGCCGACGUCUCCGUCGCCGGCGCUGCCCAGGAGCCAAGAAGAAUGCUUGUGUAGGACGUUCUGUGGAGGCUCAGAAAUGUGUGAGGGCACCAUGCCCAGGUACUGAUUGCAGUGGCUGUGUCUGCCAGGAUCAUGUCCUUGUGGGUACUGUGGUCACCCCUACCGGUCGGCCUCUGCCUGGGGCCCGUGUGACCCUCAAGGGCCGCCCUAAGCCCUUCCUGGCUACCACAGAUGCCCGGGGAAGUUUCCGAGUUGCAGGCAUCUGCUCUGAUGGUCACACCAACGUCAGCGUCCAGCUAGAGGGCUUCGCACCAGGUGUUGGCCAGGCCGUGGCCAGCAAUUCCACUGUGGCCUCUGUCACCGUCAUUCUCCGGACCCUGGAGAAGCCCUAUCUGGUGAAGCAGCCAGAAUCCCGGACCCGGGAGGCUGGACACCAUGUGAUGUUCUGCUGUAAAGCCCUUGGCACCCCAGUACCCAAGAAAUACUACUGGUAUCACAAUGGGAGCCUGCUGGACCGAAAGGUCUACAAAUAUGACAGUAACCUGAUUCUCCGGAACUUGGGCCCGGAUCAGGCAGGCACCUACCACUGCAAAGCCAACAGCGAUGCUGGUACCAUCAAGUCCAACACUGCUGUCCUGACUGUGUUGUCUCCAGGUCAGCAGGUCUGUGAUCCCCGGCCCCUUGAGCAUCUCAUCAAGCUGCCGGAUGACUGCCGCCAGGGCGCUUCAGGAUCUGCCUACUACAAUGUGGGUCUCUGUCCUGAUACCCGCUGCCCUGGCCGACAGGGCUCAAACCUCCGGUGUGGGGAGGCUGGUGACAGAUGUUGUUCUGUGAGCCGUUUAGAGACUCGGGAAAUCCAGUGUGCAGGCUAUGUCUUGCCUGUGAAGGUGGUGGCCAAGUGUGGCUGUGAGAAGUGCAUGCCCCCCAAGGUGCUGGUCAGGGGCCGAGUUGUGGCCGCUGACACCCAGGAGCCCUUGCGCUUUGCCCAGAUCCUCCUGGGGAAGGAGAAAACUGGCUUUACUGGCUACCAAGGUGAUUUCACCAUCGAGGUACCUCCAGCCACUGAGCGCCUUGUUGUGACCUUUAUUGAUGGACACCAGGAGUUUGUGGAUGCUAUCAAAGUCUUGCCCUUUGACCCUCGGGGCGGUGGAGUUUACCAGGAGGUAAAGGUCAUGCGCAAGAAGGAACCCAUCCAUUUGGAUGCUGAUAAAAGCAAUACCAUUCCCCUGGGCACAGCUGAGGGGAUGGACCCCAUAGGAGAGAUCGUUAUCCCUUCCGGUGCCUUCUACUACGCGAAUGGAGAGCCCUAUAACGGGACCGUGCAGGCCAGUGUUACUUUCUUGGACCCACGGGACCUGGCCACAGCAGCUGCUGCUUCCAGUGACCUCAGCUUCGUGGACGACAAUGGGGAGCUGGCGCCGCUGCGGACCUACGGCAUGUUCUUGGUGGACCUUCGAGCGGAGGGCUCCGGAGAGGAGCUCCAGACAGGACCUGUGGAGGUGCGCAUGGACGCUGGACAGAUCUACAUGGCGGGGCAUGCGGAGGAGAUGAAGCUGUGGUCCCUGAAUCCAAUGACUGGAUUAUGGGAGGAGGAGAGCAGCUUUCACACGGAGACUGCCGGGCGCAGGGUCCGGAGAGAGGAGCGGACAUUCCUCAUAGGAAAUGUGGAAAUCCGGGAGCGGCGGCUCUUCAAUUUAGACGUGCCAGAGCGUAGACGAUGCUUCGUCAAAGUGCGAGCCUACAUCAAUGAAAAGUUUAUACCCAGCGAGCAAGUGGAGGGGGUGGUGGUGACCUUGGUCAAUUUGGAACCUGCGCCGGGCUACUCUGCCAAUCCCCGCGCCUGGGGGCGCUUUGAUAGUGCGGUCACGGGGCCCAACGGAGCCUGCCUCCCCGCUUUCUGUGAUGCGGAGAGGGCAGAUGCCUACACUGCCUACGUCACGGCUGCCCUCGGGGGUGAAGAACUAGAGCCCGCCCCUUCCAGUCCCCAGCCUCAUCCGGGGACUGUGGGUGUGACGCAGCCCUACCUGGACAAGCUGGGCUACCGGAGGACGGACCACGAUGAUCCAGCUUUGAAGAAGAAUGGUUUCCGGAUUAACCUGGCCAAGCCCAACCCCAACAACCUGGAUGAGAUUCAAGGCCCCAUCUACCCUUGGCGGAGCCUGCGCGAGUGCGAGGAUGCUCCGGUGACGGCCAAUCACUUCCGCUUCUCCCGGGUGGAGGCAGACAAGUAUGAGUAUAAUGUGGUCCCUUUCCGGGAGAGUGAGCUGGCUUCCUGGACUGGCGAUUACCUCUCUUGGUGGCCCAACCCCCAGGAGUUCCGGGCCUGCUUCAUCAAAGUCAAGAUUCAGGGGCCCCAGGACUACAUGGUACGGUCUCACAAUGCUGGGGGCAGCCACCCUCGCACCCAGGGCCAACUCUAUGGGCUUCGGGAUGCCCGCAGCGUAAGGGACAUGGAGCACCCUGGCACCUCGGCAGCCUGCGUGGAGUUCAAAUGUAGCGGGAUGCUGUUUGACCAGCGCCUGCCCGAUCGGACCCUGGUGACCCUCAUCCCCCAAGGGAGCUGCCGACGCAUAGCUGUCAAUAGUCUCCUGAGGGAGUACCUGGCCCGCCACCCUCCAGUGGCCCCAACCGAUGACCCCUCAGGCUUCUCCAUGAUUGCACCUGUAGACCCCUUAGGCCACAAUUAUGGCAUCUAUACGGUGACGGACCAGAAUCCCCGGCUGGCCAAAGAGAUUGCCAUUGGCCGCUGUUUUGAUGGUACCUCAGAUGGCUUCUCGAGGGAGAUGAAGGCGGAUGUGGGCACAGCCUUGACCUUUCAGUGUCAGGAACGCCCCGCUGGUCAACGUAGUCUUUUCCAAAGGCUGCUGGACUCUCCGAGGACUGCACUGGAAGACAUUCGCCGUGAGAUGGGAGGCCCUGGGCGCAGAAGCCUAUCUCCUUUCCCUACUCGCAGAAUCCCUGGUCGCCGAAGGAGGAUGGAAAUGCUCCAGGCUGGGGCAGUAAACGAAACCGUGACCCGUAACCCCGAGGAUGCCGCCUGAACCCAAGGACAUCCCUUCUAGCUCCCAACCCAACGACAACACCCAACCCCAAGGAAUUCCCUCCAGAUCCCUGGCCCCAGGGAUAAUCCUCCACCCCUAUCCCCUUCUCUGGGAAGCUCCCAACCCUUAGAGAUACCUCCUGACUCCAAGGGAAGACCUCUGAUCCUGGGGAUAUCACUAACUCUCAUCUUUCUUCUAACUUCCUCAACUCAGUCUCCUUCAUGCUCCUUUAGCCUAUCUGUUGCUUAGGAAAAGCCUAGAUUCCCCUGGAGGGGAGCUGGGAAGAAAUAAAUAUAUGUAGUCUACCCCUACCCUAGCCCAGGAGCAGAAAGGGUUCUUCCAUUCUCCACUUCUCAAGCUAGUCCUUUGGCCAUCAGGCCAGCCUUUAACUCCUUCCUUCCUGGGUUCCAUAGAUUGCCCCCAGCUGGCAGUAAUAGCUAUUCCACAUCCAUUCAUACAGGUCCCUUAGGGUUGGACCUCAGGGUUAGUUUGGGAUAGGUCAGGGGAAGGAAGGGGCCAAUCAUUGAGAAAAGAAACAAAGCUA